AUGCAAGCCGAUUUCUGCUACAACACACUCGGCAGCAUCUUCACCAUGGCUAAGCACUCCAAAAAGGCCAAAGGGCCUCAGCGCUCUGAAAAUGAUGCAGCUAAGCUGAAGAAUGGAUUGAGCGAGCUCACUUCCCAGAUUCAGGAGAAAUUGAACGGCAAUCCCUACAAGCGAAAGAAUCCGCCUACGGAAGCCUCUGGCAAGCAGAAGCAGCGAAAGCAGCGCGAUGCCGAGGGUGCAGCACCGCCCGCGAAAAACACCAAAGCCGAUGAAGAGGCUUUGCUGGCCGAAAUCAAGGCCCUGGGAGGCGACGAGGAAGAUUGGCGCCUGAUCAAUGAAGUCGCUUCCGAUGAUGAAGCCGUCGCAUCGGAGUCAAAGGCACCAGUAGACAAGCGUCUGAAAGAGGAGCUGGCAGCUCUAUCCAAACAACUUGGCUUUGCUGGACUUGUGCCGGUUGACGCUAGCGAUGAAGAAGAAGAGGAAGAAGAAGAAGGUGAUCAGGAGGACGACAACGACGGCGAUGAUUCCGAGGACGAAGUCAGCGAGGACGAUGGCAAGAACAAGAAAAAGAAUCAGAACAACGGCAAAACGAACAAGGAAUCAAAAGAAAAGGGCCCUGCUGAGAACGACAUGCGACGAGUCGAAGGCCUGAUUUUCGAGCCGCGCGCAGACUGGCAUGCUGCUAGACUAGCCCAGCUACCCGGGCCUACGGUGGAUGACAUUGGCCCAUUCAUGUCGGCCAUCAACACGUUGAAGGAGCAUGGGAAAUAUCUCUUGGAGACGGAGGCGGCCAAAUACAGAACAACCAUUUUUGCAUCUACGUCUCACAAGUUUCUUGCCACCAUUAUGACUUCUGGUACCCUUACCGACAAGGUUUCCGCUCUCACCUUGGCCUGUCAAGAAUCUCCCGUUCACAACAUCCGCGCAUUCGACACCCUGAUGAAUCUAGCCUCGAAGAAGAGUCGAGCACAAGCCAUUGGAGCUAUAGGGGCGCUCGUGGAUAUGCUUGGCCCUGGCACGCUUCUACCAUCGGAUCGGCGAUUGAAGACGUUUCAGUCUCAGCCAGGCCUUUUGGGCUCACUUCAACGAGCUUCUGCCAAAAUAUGGGCCCCAAGCCAACCUUUGCCCGGCAAAAUUACACAAGCGCAUCUGAUAUCUUGGGUAUACGAGGAUUGGUUAAAGGAGACUUAUUUCAAAAUCAUUCAGCUUCUGGAAGUCUGGUGCUCCGAUGAGAUUGAAUACUCCAGAAUGAAGGCUGUCGACUUCGUCUAUGCCUUGCUAAAGGACAAGCCAGAGCAAGAAUCGAACCUUCUCACUCUACUCGUCAACAAGUUGGGUGACCGUGAUCGAAAGAUUUCGUCACGGGCGUCAUAUCUCCUCCUACAGCUGCAAAACUCCCACCCUGGAAUGAAGCCGGUCAUUGUACGAACGGUGGAACAGGAAAUUCUACUUCGACCCUCGCAAGACCAUCGUUCACGCUACUAUGCCAUCAACACCCUUAACCAAACAAUCCUUUCAAACAAGGAGCCGGCUGUAGCUGAGGCUCUGCUUCGCAUCUAUUUCGACCUUUUUGCCACAAUGCUCAAGACGGGAAAGCUUGGCAUGCCGAUAGAAGAGGAAUCUAGCAAGGCCCAGAAGGGACAGAAGCCCGGCAAGGGUUCGUCAUCCGGAAAGCCAGCUAACCAGACAAGGCCAGCAGCCGCUUCCAUCCCAGAGACUGAGGCAGCUGAUAAACUUGUUUCUGCGCUGUUGACCGGUGUCAACCGUGCCGCACCAUUUGUGGGCACUAAUGACAUGGUUAUGGAGCGUCACCUCGACACGCUUUUCAAGAUUGCGCACUCUUCCAACUUCAACACUGGCAUCCAAGCUUUGCUGCUCAUUCAACAUCUCUCCUCUGCCAGAAACCUUGGCAGCGACCGUUUCUACAGAACUCUGUACGAGUCACUACUUGACCCACGCCUCAUGACCUCUUCAAAGCAGGCGCUCUACCUGAACUUGCUUCUGCGCGCACUGAAGAACGAUGUUGAUGUGCGUAGAGUCAAGGCUUUCGCCAAGCGGAUGCUGCAAGUGGCGGGCCUUCACCAGCCCCCUUUCAUCUGUGGCUUGCUCUAUGUCAUUUCGCAUCUCAGGCAAACGUUCCCUGACCUCUCAACUUUGGUUGAGUCGCCCGAAGAAUCCGUGUUUGAUGAUGAAGCGCCCGAAGAUCGACCGACGUACGAUGGACGCAAACGGAAUCCAGAGCACAGCAACGCCCACAGAAGUUGCCUGUGGGAGGUGGUUCCAAUUCAAAGUCACUUUCACCCUGCCGUCAGCAAGUUUGCUUCUUCAUUGAUGAACAGCAAUCAGAAAAUGCUCAAGCCCGAUAUGGAGAGCCACAGUCUUAUCAGAUUCCUGGACAAGUUUGUGUACAGAAACGCAAAGGCCACAGAUGCGCGUGGUGCAUCCAUUAUGCAGCCUCUCAAGGCCGCCAAAGAUAUCGGAGAUAUCUGGCUGGGUAGCGGACGGACUAGCUCAUCCACUACCCAGGUCAACUCGGCUGCAUUCUGGAACAAGAAAGCAGAGGAUGUUGCUGCAGAGGAUGUCUUCUUCCACAAAUACUUCCAGCAAAUCGCCAAGGAGGGCAAGGAGACUACGAAGAAGACUGCGGCAGGUGGCGAAGACGAUGAAGGCGAUGCGGAAGAGGACGAGAUCUGGAAGGCGUUGGUCAAUGCUCAACCUGACAUUGAUGAAGAUGCCUCCGAUGCUGGCUUUGACGAUAUGGAUGAUCUGGACAUGGGAUCUGGUGACGAUGAUUCGCCUGCCUUGUCACUCGAUGGCGAGGAUGACGAGGAUGAGGAUGACGUUAGUGUGGAAUUUGGUGACGACUCAGAGGAAGAAGGUUCAGAUGAGGACGGUUUGGUCGCUCCAGAUGUGCCCGAUGAGGAUGAGGAGAAGGGAGACAAGCGCAAGGCUAGAAGAAAGAUGCUCAGGGGUCUGCCCACGUUUGCGUCGGUGGACGACUAUGCAGAGCUUUUGGCGGGAGAUGAUGACUUGUAA